GUGCGAUGUCUGGGUAAAUUACGCGAUUUAAAUUCUUCGACAGGUCAUGUGGGAGUGUCUGGCGAAGAGCCUGGAAGUAUAUCUGAUCAAUUCCAUAUGACAACCCCUACCCCAGCACCUUCCAACACAAAGAGGUUUGAAGACAGGUUUGUCAUUGAAAUGGCUGCAGAAUAUGUGCACAGUGGAGAAUGCCAUAUGGCUGGUGAAGACAUCGCAGUGUGUUGGAGCAGUGCACCGUCUGAAGCUCCUCAGUCCACAGUCGCUUCUGCAGUCACUUCUGCUGCAGGCAGUACCAACAGUGUGCAUUGUGAGUCAGGUGUGAUUGCAGUUAGUUUGCACCCACAGCAGUCAGAAGUUGCGUUUUCUGACUUGGCUGGUAGCACAGUGGACCAUGCAGGCACCUAUCGUGUGAGCAUUGAUGACUUGCCUGAUGAGGUACUGAUAAAGAUCUUCUCUCACAUGUCUUUUAGUGAGCUAGUAUAUGUGGUGCAGAAAGUGUGCCCUCGUUGGAAAAAUGUAUCACAAGAUUUGGAGCUGUGGGCUGAUAAGGAAUACCGUAUUGGCUCUCACACAAGUGACCAGGAGGCAAUACAGACUUUCUGUGAUGCCCCAAACCUGCAGAAAGUUUGUAUGAUGCGUAGUGCCUCAUCCCUUCUCUUCCGUGCACUCUACGAUAAGUGCCACCGACUCUUAGAACUACGCCUCCAUUACACACAGAAGCUCAGCUACUCGGUGCUAAAGAACUUGGUAGAGAAGUGCUCCAGAAUACACACACUGAGGAUAUCCAGUAGACUGCUGGUAUCUGAGAAAUUUUCGGAGGCAGUGUCACAUAUGCAAAACCUCAAUGUACUGAUUCUGGAAGGAUAUUCCACAGAAAGCCCUCCUGCACUGCGACCUUUGGCUGAUGGGUGCCCACAACUGGCCGAGGUUGACUUUGGAUUCACAGCUGUCGAUAUGUAUGAUCUGAAGUAUUUCCUGAAUGCCAAGAGGAACACCCUUAAGUCCUUGCAUAUAAAAUGGACAAUGGUUGUUGAAAGGAGGGAUAGAUUUCCUCGAGCGCCAGUUCUGUCUCUUUACUGGUUUGUCCUGCCAUUGCUGACGGUCUGUGCUGACAGCUUGGAAUGUCUGGAACUUUACGAGUACUGCAUACUCGGCAACGAUGCAAGGGAGGCAUUUACUGCCCUGGGAAGCCUGAAGAACUUGCAGGAACUUAGGAUGCCAAUCCUCAAACUAGUACAGCCUGGUGCAGCUGCUCCAGCAUUUAAGACUGGUGGGCUGACAAAACUGAGACUGCUGGAUCUGCGAGGAGCAUUUUAUCUGGACAACGAGACAGUAAUUGCCAUCAGCCACGGAUGCCCUGCUUUGCGGGAACUCAUUGUCAGAAAUGUCGUGCAACUUUCUGACGCUGCCUUCUCCCAGAUCUACCAUUUGGAAGAUCUUGAUAUACUGGACGUGUCAGGUUGCAUAGGUCUCGGCAGAGCCUUCGUCCCCUGCCUCAUCGGGCUACCGAGACUUCGCACAUUGGUGAUGGAACAAUUGGAUUUUCGGAAGUUACGACCAGGUCUGAGCAGUAUCCUCGAACUGUCCAGUGUACGCUGCCUGAUAUUCAGCUAUUCCCUCGUUACUGGAGUGCCAUUUGCCAAGUUUCCAAGAAAACUUGUCAGUCUCAGGAAGCUGAUAAUCAAAGGGUGUCGAGGUGACCCUAAAGUUGUUGAUGGUCUGAGUGAGCAGAUGCCCAGUCUUGAAGUCCACGGCACCAUUGAAGAGGAGGAGCCAGUUUACAACAUGGAGGAUCACGAGAGUGAUGAGGAACUUGCAGAGGAAGAGAAUGCCGGACCUGGUGAUGUAGGUGAAGCACGUAAUAACAGUUUGGAGAGUGAUGAAGAUGGUGACGGUUAUAGUACCAGUAUCAGUAGCAGUGAUAAUGAGUGAAAUAACAGUAUUUGGGCUGAAAACAGCCUAUUGCUUCCCUUUCUAGAUGAUACAAUAUUUAAAGGGAACUGUAACUCUUAAUACCAACUACAUCUUGGCUUGACCUGUGUAACUGGAUGAAAAUUUAAUACUCCUCAACUAUUGUUACUGGGCUGUGUGUGUCAUAGUGGACUCUUAAGCUGUCUAGUGCUGUGAAACCCAAGAUUGCUUUUUAUAACAUUGUUAUUAAGUUGACAUUCCAGUAAAAUUGUAAUAAUUAUGAUAAAAACUGUUUUGAAGUAAGAUAAUUACAAAUAUGUUUAAGGAACAUGCAGGGGGAAUAUAAUCAUGUACAGUAAUGUUGUUUCAGUUUCUGUUGCAAUGAUUGUUGUUGUGGUCUUCAGUUCAGAGACUGGUUUGUUGCAACUCUCCCAUGCUACUCUAUCCUGUGCAAGCUUCUUCAUCUCCCAGUACCUGCUACAACCUACAAUUUUUACCCUCCACACUGCCCUCCAAUACUAAAUUGGUGAUCCCUUGAUGCCUCAGAACAUGCCCUACCAACCGAUCCCUCCUUCUAGUCACAUUGGAUUUCAAAUAUCUUUUAUUUAUUUGAAGUGAUAAAAUGGCAACGUUAAUGAUCCAGCAACUCUAAAAUAGCACACGCACAGAAUUAGAAUGUACUGUGUAGGAAACAGCUAAGAAGAAUGCGUGUGACUGCAGAUGGUCUUUGGUCCUGGUCACCAGAUAAAUACCACCUUACUGUGAAAUGCCAUUGGUAGUCUUGUAUUUUGUUGUGGUCUUCUAGUUUCUUUUAUUUUAUAUACACCACUGUUAGAGGAAAAGUCUAGUGACCAUAGAUGAAGAUGUCACACCUCUGUUGUAAGCUAAAGCAGAUGGAUAAGCCCUACCACAGGUAAUGUUUUGACUGAAUGAAAUAAAGGUGGGUUGUGAUGAAAACAUACGUCACUUCAGUAGUUACAUGCACGCGCGCACACGCACACACACACACACACACACACACACACACACACACACACACACACACACACACACACAGAGAGAGAGAGAGAGAGAGAGAGAGAGAGAGAGAGAGAGAGAGAGAGAGAUUAUUCUGCAUGUAUCAGUAUGCUGAAGAGGUAAGACAGUUUAAUUCAAUCACAGUUCUAAUGUUGAUGUAAUUGCAUCUGGAAACAGCAUUUUACAAUGAUGCAUACUCUAUCAUACAUGCAUACAACAUUUGUCGAAAUCUAGCGGUAAAGAUAAGAGACAUUAAUUGAUCAUGUAAUUACCAAUAUACAACAAUACAGAAAAUAAUUACAGGUCAGUCAGUCAUUGCUGAACACCAUGAGGCCUUAAUAGAGGUAUCAGACAGGAAAAAAUCUUUAGAACAAAAAAAGCAAAUUCUGACGUAAUGAAUACGAAGUACUCCUCAUGAGACAAAAAGUUUGUUCCUUCUCCCAACAAAUGAACCAGAAUUAGUAAAAAUGAUACAGAUUUAAAAAAGAAAAGAAAAAGGAGUAAAGUGAUCACUAUUUUCAAAGCAUGCAGCAAGGAAGGUCCAGAAAAUUAUUGACCAGUAUUUAUUACACCUGUCUUUAUAUGGUGGACACCAUAUACAUGUAUUUUGUUGGUAUUUUUUAUUUGCUCCAUUAAAUUGUACAUGUGCAGUACAGCACAUCCGAUAUUGGACAGACCAAUGCAAGUAUGUCUUCAUGUUUACCUGAUAUUAUCUGUGUAUUAAUAAAUACAAUUUUUUCAGCUCUGGCUUAUAAUUAUACCAUGUUAACUGGAAAAUUACAAUUGAAAAUAUGAAUAAACUAAUAUUAAUAAAGUCCGUCUUUACAUGAUACAAGAAAAUAGUCAUGGUUUCACAAUAUUUUUGUAAGUGGUGAAGAUUGUGGUUUGUACCCUUCAUAUUAACUCUGUUGGGUUGUAAAAGAUUUUCUAGAUUUUAGAAGCAACAUGUUAAUAGUUAUUCUUUUGAUAUUGUUGUAAAUUUUUUAGAUCAGUUAUUACUUUAAAUUGUUUUAGUAACUUUUUGCAAAUAAUUUUACUGUGGUGUUAUGUUCCUUUUGGCAUAAACUGGUUAUUAUUUUGAGCAUGUAAAAGUCAGUUUUUUGCCUUGUUUUAUUAUGAUAUUCAUUAAGAUGACAAUGAUGAAGAUUUUAAUUUUUGAGAAGGGCACUAGGAUUUGUUUUUGCAUAUUUCUUAAUAAACAUUGCACUUUCAAAAAGA